CUUUUAUUCUAGUCAAGAAGAACAGGUCGUCUUGCCAAGAACACACAACCACGAAACAACUCGCGACUUGAUUGAUUUUCCAUUGCCUGCCUUAAUUUCUAAGUUAUUUGGUAAAAAAUGCUGCAACUACCAAAAUUACGUCUCUUAUCACCUCAGACUCAACGACUUUUCAAUCAGGUAACGGGCGGAGCACUCAGUAGGACAAGAACUCGAUCUCUGGAUCGCACAUAUCACGAAGUAUGCGGCGACAUUAUUUGCCCGUCGAUCGUGCAGGGCAUCGAUCACAUUCGGGAUCCGCGUUUGAACAAAGGUCUGGCAUUUACAUUGGAAGAACGUCAAGUUUUGGGUAUUCAUGGAUUGCAACCGGCGCGUUUCAAGACGCAAGAGGAGCAAUUGGAGCUGUGUCUCAUUUCCAUUCGGCGAUACAAGGAGAGUCUCAACAAAUAUUUGUAUCUCGUUGACUUGCAAGAUCGCAAUGAAAAACUAUUUUUCCGUUUGCUCGCGGAAAAUUGUCAGGAAAUGAUGCCCAUCGUGUACACGCCAACUGUCGGUUUGGCAUGUCAAAAGUUCGGAUUACUUUAUCGACGUCCCCGCGGAUUGUUCGUAACCAUCAACGACAGAGGACACGUGUUCGACGUCUUGAAAAACUGGCCUGAGAACGACGUUCGUGCGAUUUGCGUCACGGAUGGCGAACGUAUUUUAGGUCUUGGCGAUUUGGGGGCUUGCGGUAUGGGAAUUCCCGUUGGAAAACUCGCGCUGUACACUGCCUUAGCCGCCAUUCGCCCGCAUCAAUGCUUGCCAAUUGUCAUCGAUGUCGGCACAAACAAUCAAGAUUUGCUCGAAGACCCGUUAUACGUCGGUUUGCGUCAAAAACGCGUCACCGGACAGGAAUACGACGACUUUAUCGAUGAAUUUAUGCAAGCAGUUGUCGAGCGAUACGGACAAAAUACGCUGAUUCAGUUUGAGGAUUUCGGAAAUCACAAUGCAUUUAGAUUUUUGGACAAAUAUCGCAACACGUAUUGCACGUUCAACGACGACAUUCAAGGAACGGCGUCAGUUGCGGUCGCUGGAUUGCUCGCAUCGAAGCGAAUUACGGGAAAACAUUUGGCAGACAACAAAAUUUUGUUCUUCGGCGCCGGAGAAGCUGCCAUCGGAAUUGCUGAUUUGACGGUUCGAGCGAUGCAAGCGGAAGGCGCUUCGUUGCAAGAAGCUCGAGAUCGCAUCUGGAUGUUCGAUAUUGAUGGUUUAUUAGCUAAAAAUCGUCCCGAGGGAAAUCUCACGGGACACAAAGCUUAUUACGCGAAAGAUCAUCGCCCGGUGAAAGAUUUCCAUGAAGUCGUUAAAGAAGUCAAGCCGAGUAUUUUGAUUGGAGCAUCUGCCGUUGGAGGAGCUUUUACGCCCGAAAUUCUUCAAAAUAUGGCGGAAUACAAUGAAAAACCUGUAAUUUUCGCACUUUCAAAUCCCACAGACAAAGCUGAAUGCACGGCGGAACAAGCUUAUCGGAAUACACAAGGUCGAUGUGUAUUCGCGUCAGGAUCUCCCUUCGGUCCAGUUGAAUAUGAAGGAAGAACUUUUGUUCCGGGUCAAGGAAAUAACGCAUACGUUUUUCCCGGAAUCGCUCUCGGCGUCAUCGCUACAGGCACGCAUCACAUCCCCGACGAGAUGUUCCUCAUUGCUGCUCAAUCAGUUGCGGAUCACGUGAGUGACGAAGACAUUGCCAAAGGAUCCCUCUACCCGCCAUUGAGUUCCGUGCAACAGGUUUCCUUCGAUAUUGCUGUUGGACUCACGAAAUACGCUUAUGCCAAAGGUUUGGCAUCGACAUACCCUGAGCCAAGCGACAAAAAAGCCUACAUCAAGAAGCAAUUGUACAACUUCAACUACGAAUCUGCGUUGCCCAAGAAAUGGGAAUGGCCCGACACAAAGGAGGUGAUUAAAACUAAACCAUUAAAUCCAACUAGUUUGUACUAAAAGGCUUCAUUGAGGCGCAAAUGUGCCCCCAAUGGAUGCGCCUUGUACUUUUUUAAUGAUAUUACUCUUCUUUCUUACCUAAAAAUUUAAAAUUUUAGCAAAUUUUACUUUUUUCCUCAUUUCAUUCUGCAUUUUUGAGAAAAAAAAACAAUGCACGUCAAAAUUUCGCACUUAUAUAUUUAUAGAAAUUGUAUAUAUAUUAUUUAUAUUUAUUAUUAUUGUUAAAUAUUUACUUCAGAAAAAUAUUUAUUUAUUCAAAAAAACAAAAAAAAAAUUAAAUCAUCAUUUUUUCUUAUUUUUUUUACAUUUUCUUCUUUGUAUUCCUCAUGUUAAUUAUUAACCAUCCAAAAAUUCUACUAAUUGGCUCAAAUCAUCAUCUCAUCAUGUAGAAGUACAACGUACGGAAGACAACCAUGUUUGACUAAAUUGGCUAAAAAUACAAAAAAAUUCAUCAAAAAAUUUUAAAAAAAAUAUCAGUGUCGUCCUCAAUUCACAAAAAAUUAAAUAAUUGGGAGAAAAAUCAUCAACCGCUUCUGUUAUGUCCAUUAUAUGUUUUAUGUUUUUAAAAAAAAUUUGACAACGACGAGAAAUCCUUACAAGAAAGGCAAUAUUUAUCAAUUCAAAUCAUGGAAACCAAAUUUUUGUUCCUUCUUCAAGUAUACUACUUCAAAAUCCCGUAAAAUGUAAGAUAUUUUUAAAAUAUUUUUGUUGUUGUUGUGUAAUUUGUGUAACAAACAACGUGUACUUAAAAAGUUAUAAUGUAUUAAAA